GCUGCCUGCCCUUCCUGGCUGCUUGUGGCCAUGUGCACAGGACAGUGUGCCCGAUGUGUGGGGCUCUCCCUCAUCCCGCUCUCCCUGGUCUGCAUCUUGGCCAACAUCCUUCUGCUGGUGCCUAAUGGGGAGACUUCCUGGACCGACCACCUCAGCCUGCAAGUCUGGCUCAUGGCGGGCUUCAUCGGAGGGGGCCUGAUGGUCCUGUGUCCUGGAAUCACAGCUGUUCGCGCCGGGGGCAAGGGCUGCUGCGGUGCCGGCUGCUGUGGAAACCGCUGCAGGAUGCUGCGCUCCGUCUUCUCGUCGGCAUUCGGGGUGCUCGGCGCUAUCUACUGCCUGGGGGUGUCAGGAGCCGCUCUCCGCAAUGGACCCCAAUGCUACGCUGAUAACAACUGGAUUUAUCCCUUCGAAAACUCCCAGGGAGAGUACUUGCGCAACCAUACGCUGUGGAGCAAGUGCGAGAAACCGCCCAACGUGGUUACCUGGAACGUGACGCUCUUCUCCGUGCUGGUGGCCGCCUCCUGCCUGGAAAUUGUGCUGUGCGGGAUACAGCUCCUGAACGCCACCCUGGGUGUCUUCUGUGGCGAUUGCAGGAAGAAGGGGGGCUCUGCUUCCUGAGGCUCCCCUGAACGACCACCCUUUACACCUGCUCGCUCCGGGCCGCCCCAGCCGUGCCUUGCUGGAAGAAUAAACUAUUAGGCGCUCUCUA